AUGGUGAAUGAAGGAAUUGUUCUUGGGCAUGUGGUGAGUUCAAGAGGAAUGGAAGUUGACAAGGCCAAGGUGGAGCUCAUUUCCAAGUUACCACCUCCACAUAAUGUCAAAGCAAUUAGAAGCUGUCUUGGACAUGUCGGUUUCUAUAGAAGGUACAUGAAAGAUUUCUCUAAGAUUUCUAAGCCCCUUUGUGAUUUGAUAGCCAAGGAUGCUCCUUUUGUGUUUGAUGAACAUUGCUUGAAAGCAUUUGAGACAAUCAAGGUGAUGCUCACUCAAGCUCCUAUCAUGAUUGCACCGGAUUGGUCUCUUCCUUUUGAAUUAAUGUGUGAUGCUUCGGAUUAUGUUAUGGGAGCGGUUUUAGCUCAAAAGAAGGACAAGUUUGAUAUUGAGAUCAAAGACAAACCGGGGAAAGAAAACCAAGUGGCGGAUCAUUUGUCAAGAUUGGUUGAAGGAGGUGACGACUCUUCCAUUCCUUUGAAGGACACUUUUCCGGAUGAGCAAUUGUUUAACAUCAAUGUUAAGGAGCUCCCAUGGUUUGCUAAUUUGAUGAACUACCAUGCAAGUGAAGGGAAGUACAUUCCAAGUGCGCUUGAUUACCAAGGAAGGAAGCGAUUCCUCAAAGAAGUAGAAGCAAUUGCAAGUGCCAAGAAUGAUCACAAUGUUGUGCUCAAGUUCCUCAAGGAGAAUAUUUUUCAAAUGUAUGGCACUCCAAGAGCCAUCAUAAUUGAUAGAGGAUCCCACUUCCACAACAAGCACUUUGAAGCUCUAUGCAAGAAGUAUGACAUCAAGCACAAGAGAAGGUUGUGGGGAUUACAAGGAAAGAUUGGAGAUGCACUUUGGGCAUACCGGACCACCUACAAGACUCCACUUGGCAUGUCACCUUAUCGGUUGGUUUAUGGAAAAGCAUGUCAUUUGCUGGUGGAAUUGGAGCAUAAAGCAUAUUGGGCUAUCAAGAAGUUCAAUUUUGAUCUUGCUAAGAUGGGAGAGAAGAGGAAGCUUUAUCUAUGUGAGCUUGACAAAAUUAGAAUGGAGGCAUAUGAGAAUGCCAAGCUAUACAAGGAGAGAACCAAGCCUAUCAUGACAAGAAGUUGA